CCGUCGGUUAAAAUGUUCAGCCACAACAUUCAGUUUAUUUAUGAUUUUACUUUUAAUUGAUUCUAUAUAUUUUUUAACUGUUCAGUGCUGCUGCACCGGGAACGAGCUCUCAACCAAACUCCAUUUAAAAAACGUCCGUUUAGUUGAUGUUUAUUAAGCUACAGAGAUAAAUGUCUUUAACCGCAUGUGGUCAGGUCUGAUCUGAAUGGGACGUUACGUUGAAUUCAGUUCACAAUGUCAGUGUUUCUGUAAAAGUAUAAAAUAGUUGACCAGUUACUCACUAAACAGGAGGAGAUAUGAAGUGAUUUCUAACGAUACAGAAACACCAGUUUAAUUUAGUCUCUGAACUGUCGUUUCUUAAAUUGAGGACUUUUUGACUGGACUUUGGUGUGAGGGGUUCAGGCCUCUAAUGCUGGGCCUGUGUUGGAGUUUUAUGUGGAAACUGAGAGGUGGGAUCAGAAACCUCCGCUACCUUGGAGCAGCUGAGAUGUCUGUCAAACAGAAGAAGAAAACCAAGAAGAAGAAGAGCGGCGUCCCGGACCGGUGGCUGAACUACUGCCCCGUAGGACGGAGGAUCCCAGGAACUCGAUUCAUUGCCUUCAAAGUGCCUUUAAAACCGUCUCUGAACCGCCGGGUCCCGGAGUCGGACUCCUUUGGCCUCUGGGACCUGCUGGACCACGUGGAGAGUCAGAACCAGGAGCUGGGUCUGAUCAUUGACCUCACCUUCACCUCCAGGUACUACGCUCUGGCGGACGUCCCGCAGUCCUGCUCCUACAUCAAGAUCCUCACUGAGGGUCACAAGGUCCCGUCCGACGCCGCCAUCCUGAGCUUCAAACGCGCCGUGAGACAUUUCCUGGAGGACAACCGGGACAACGACCAGCUGAUCGGAGUCCACUGCACUCACGGCCUGAACCGCACCGGAUACCUGGUCUGCAGGUACCUGAUCGACGUGGACGGGCUGGAGCCCAACGAGGCUGUAGAGCUCUUCAACUCCUGCAGGGGGCAUCGCAUCGAGAGGCGCAACUACCUGGACGACCUGCAGGGCGGCGCCAAGAGGAGCAACCGCGGCAUCGACGAGCCGGAGCAGGAGACCACCAGAGGCCUCGCAGGACGGGACAGACGCCCGAUUAACACGUCUGGACAAGAGGGACAACCAGUAAAGACGUCUGAACAGGAGGGACAAAAAUCCGUCUCCACUCCCAGAGACGAGCGUCCUCCUGGUGACGUCCCACCUGAGACUCAACAAUCUGACAAAAGACUGUCUGGUAACCGACGGCGACGUAGAGCUCGCCAUCGGCAGAGGACGGACCAGGCGUCCUCUGACAGAUGUCCACCUCCACCUGAAGCUCCGCCCACCAACCAGCCGCCCAACGAAGCGUGAAGUUCGUGUCAGACGUCUUUUUCCUGGAAAACAUCAAGAGACUCGAGUUAGAAAAUCAUCGUUCACCUCCUCCCUCCUCUCCUCCCCCUCACCUCCUCCCUCCCUCCCUCCCUCCUCCCUCCCUCCCUCCUCACCUCCUCUCCUCCCCCUCA